UCGACGAGAUAGCGUAGCCAUGUCCCAUACGAGACUCCAAGUUAUCUCUCGUUCACGAAUUGCGAAUAUAUCGGUCAAAGCGGAAAUCGCAUCUACGUGUUUCAUGCUUCAACGCCUUUUGUGACUUUUUAUUUCGGCUCCACGUACUAACAAACGGCGCUACUUCGUUUAUCGCGUUUACCAUCCAUCAAAACGUAUAUUAUAUAAUGUAAAUAAAUAAAAUAAAAAUUGGCGAAUGUUUUAUUACUAUUUUAAAAGAAGAAACGAGCAAAAUGUAGCGUAGAAAGAGACAAAUAAGGUUAUUUUGCUAAGUUAUAAUUAAAGAGAAUCACGAAGAAUACGUUCGAAGGAAAUGUACAUAGAUCAUCAGACAAUUUGUUCGUUUGUAUUAAUAUUAAUAUCGUUGUUGGUGUGUCUGUUUGAUCGCGUUUUUAUCUUGACAAGUAUAAAUGAAAAUAUCUUUGAACGUAUUUCCUACGUCAAUAUCGAUCGCAUGAUUUAUACGACUCGGGUAGCUAAAAUAACGAAGAUCCUCUGGCUACGUAGGCAGCGAUUCGACUCGACUCGCGAGACGAGCUUCGCUUUGUUCUCUCAAGGGUGUUCGGAGAAGAGCAGCCCCGCUCGUAACAUGUAUUUGCAACACAACGUUGUUCAAGCGGAACAGCCAGUGUGCAGGCGUGUUUGCGUUUCGUUAUUAAAAGCAUCGUGAGAAAGCGACGGCGCUGUUCGUGCAGCAGCAAAGGUUGUAAAAUGCGUUUGCGUUGUUCCAACUGUAACCAGCACAUUCGUUGAUUAAUUACGUAUUUUCUCUUCGCGGUACUUGACUGGAGUUUGCAUAAUCUUGCGGCUGGCAGCUGGCAAUCUCGAGAGCGAAUCGGUCCUCGUUUCUAUCGAGUUUAGGGACUUUACUCGACAGUCGCGUGUGGUUUCACGAUCGAGAUUUCGUGCCACGCCGAAACCAUAGAAGGGAGAAUUUUCCUCAGAUCCAAAGGCCAUAGUUAUCGACUGCGGCCACGGAUACGGGUAGCAGACCUCGUUUCCUGCCAUGAGUAAAUAUUUGAAAGAAAGGCCUGCUACCUACUAUCACUGACCACUCGCCGCGAGCGUUUCUCUCUGUACGUAAAAGUGAAAUGUUCCCGUGUGCGAACACGCGCUGUUUCGAAGAGAAGUCGUUUGGUUCGUUGACUUGGAAAUUCUUACAAUUAGUGGCGAUAGCGAACGUGCGCUUGCAAUUUGUUUCCUUCUCGGGUCGACAAGCGAUCCGACAAGGCGCUUAAUUUCCCAUCGACGAAAACUUGUCGAGGUCUUAACCCGCGAGCUGAAAUAUUUGCUUAGUUUCGAGUAAACAAAACGAAUCUUGUUCUCCAUCUCGACAUGGAUGGUUCGCGUAAAUUGCGCAAACUCGGUUGGCGCGGGUUGCCGCUCGUAAAUAUUGCGCAAGUAUAGCCGACGGCUAAUCGCGAAACAAGCGCGACAAAAUUUAAACGAUAGAAAGUUAAAUGGUUUACACGUGCAUUACGAAUGUAUAUACCAAAUAAGAAUACGUACACGUAUAUAUCUGUAUGUAUCUCUGUAGAUACGUCCGCGGUUUGUAUACGGAGCAGAAGAAGCGCUCCGUGCCAAGCGAAACCAGUGUCACGCGCGAUAUUUUAUUUCUUUUCCCUUCAGACCGACCAUCCUGCACGAUAUUUCUAACGCGAUAAAAAUUAAUUAGAAGCUGUAUCAUAAUGAUAAUAAUAUAAUAAAAUAAUACACGUAAGUUGAGACAAUAGGAGGCUGCGAAGUCUGCAAUCCCAACGAAGGUCAUCGUAUCGCAAUCAAAAAUUUAUUCGAAGCCUAACGUCGCGUGAGUACGUCCGUUGCAUCGAUGGAAGAGUUUCGCGUGAUUUUCGCUACGUUCGAUGUUACAUUAUAAGGGCGCGGUUGCGAGGAAUUUGAAAUUAAUUAAAAUAAAUUGCGGCGAAAUAAAAGUGCAAGAAGGUGGAAUGGAGAAGAGGACAGCGCAGAGUAGGAGCCGAGAGUGCGAUGUUUCUCGCGGCGAGCAAGCGGAGAAAACAACGUGCAAAACUACUAAGGAUUGUACGCACCGCGAAAAGAACGGCGAAUCGCGGCGAUCUGUUUUGUCGAAACAAAAGCGAUCGCACUUCUGCCAAGAUAGUCUGCAUUUCUCUAAACGCUUUCUUACGAUCGUACGCGUUCUUGCGAUCCUACGUUCUUACGUCUUUAAGCGUUCGUUCUCGAUUGCUCGAGCAACAGCGAUCCAAUCGGCGAGCCCCCCGCGCCCCGGCCAACGAUACAUCGCGAUCGAUCGACGCCGCACCGUAUCGGUUUCUCAUACAGUUGCUAGCCGAGAAUGCCGCGCAAUUUGUCGGAAGCCGACAGAAAGAAGAAUCAAUUCGACAAGGAAGAACGAGUUCAUCUAUUGGCUAUAAUGAAGCAGUACGCGCCUCUGUUGGACAAGAGCGCUUCUACCUUGGCCCGUAAAAAGAUUUGGACGACCAUCGAGGACGAGUUUAAGAAGGCCGGCUUUACUCGCAAAACGUCCGCUCAAUUAAAGAAAUAUUGGCAAAACUACAAGUAUCACUGCAAGAAGGCUAUGGCGUUUGGCAAGGAAAAUAAGAAGUGCAUAGAAUCAGAGACGAGCGAGUGCCUCGAGUGGAAUAGAUACCAAGUUUUCGUAGAGAAUCGGUCGCCGGCUAAGUUUUCGCAAAUUCCUGACGUUGUUCGAUCGUUGGCCGAUCAUUUGCAGAGGUCGCCGACGAAAUCAGGUGGCCGGUUUCGUGAUAAAUACGAAGACAACGCAGCCACCGCUCAUCAUUCCAACAACCUGGAUGCUUUCAUUGAUCUGUCGCGAGUCAAAAUGGAGCGGAACGACGACCAAGCGUCCGACGAUUCCAAGGCGGAAGGCACGAACGCAUUGGAGAAUGUAAGCGUUAAAGAGGACAUCAAUUUGGAGGAGAGAAAGGAGAUCCUUGCGAACGAGGAUCGUCUGGUGGUAUCGACAUCAUCGUCGUUGUCGUCAUCGUCGUCGUCGUCGUCGUCGUCGUCGUUGUUAUCGAAUAACGCGACAGAGUGCAAAACUAUGAAUCGGAUCGUGGUGUCCAACGCGCGUAUUUCCAACAACAGCGUCACCGUGUCGGUGAUUUAUCCCGAGAACGACAACUCGUACUUUCCCACAAACGCGAUCGACGGCACGGUGCAGGCAUCUUUGUCUUCCAGGCGGACAGCGGAUGCUGUGUGGAACGAACAGCAGACGCAGCAAGGCGACUGGUUAAAUUCGAGAAAAACUCGCGCCACGAACGAUGGUGCACGCGCGAUGCCAUUCGGUUACCACCACAGUUUAGCGGAAAGUAAAAACGAUCGAACGCGUUCGAAGGAAACGAAUUCAAACAGCGAGGUAUACGGUUCGUUGGAAUGCAACGCGAACGACGAUUCAUCGCGCGAUAAGAAAAUAGAAAAGUCGUCGAAGGAAGAUGGCGACCUGAUCGCGACGGAGAGCGACGAGAACGAGGUCGGUGGUGUCCGAGCGAGAAACUCGACGGCUCGAAGGGACCAGAGCUUCGGAAAGGGCUACGUUUUUCUCACGGAUUAUCGUAGUCGAUUGAAGCACCGGCUGCUUCUGCAACAGCUCGAAGCGGAGGAGAAACGGUUGAAGAUCAAAAUCGCGGAAAUGGCCAUUCAGGAGGUGCAGCUGAGGAUAAAAGCUUUGAGCGAGGAUAUGCGACGCACGGAGGAGUUGCAUCGGUUGCGUCUAGCGCGCACUGCAGCUGGAAAUCGGCAAACGUUCGAGUAGUC